AUAGCUUUUCACUGCAUUCAAAGGCAGAGAGCCAUUCAGCAGAGGAGCUCUAGCUAUCCAGCAGGAUUUGCAGUGUUUGGGAAUACCUUAAAGCAAAACUGUACCUCAUUGUGUUUUGCAGACCUCCUAGGCUUGGAAGAGUGUCUCGGCGAAAGAAAAAAAAUAAAUAGGAAUAUCAGAAGGUGCCAGGAGAAAAGGCUGCAAUUGUACUAGGCGAGGAGAGAGACUUGUUUUCAGCAUAAUAUACAUUGUAUACCUGCUUAUCUUUCCCAGAAACUGGUGCAUGAUCUUGUCUAGGAUGCUAUGGGGUCGUUUACACCCAACGUGUGAGUAGCAUCUGCUCGGCUGUGAAGAAUGAAUAUUGUCCCCUGAUUACUGCAAUGCUGAUUUAGAUUGCCUCAUUGAUUCGCUCUAUGGAGCUUGAUAGGUGAGGAAAGAGGAGGAAAAAAAAAUUCUACCUUCGUCAUAGUCGCCUCAUUUUAAUUCCACAACCAUUGGGAUAUUGACACAGUAUUUUUUUUUCUUCUUUCCCUUUUUUGGAGGAUCUUGGGUGCAAGGCUUUAGAUUGAAACCAAAUUCUCUGGGUGUUUUUUAACCAGUAUUUGCUUGGUUCUUUUGUGUUGUGCCUCACAGUUGGCUAAGCAGCCCUAUGCUGAAUCGAGCUAUUGUUUGGGAUCUCAAAGCUUUCACGCUACAAAUCUCUGCUCAUUCCCCCUCCCCUUCUUUGGCUGAGAAGCCACAUAAUGUGCCUUUCCUCCACAUGAAUCUGGAAGCUAUAAGCUGGAUUGAUUGCAAAUGAAGUGUAAUGCAUUGUGGGACGUUUGUAAAAUUGGAUCAUUCGAGGGAGAAAACGAACGGACCCGCAGCUUGCUUCCUAAAAGAGGUAGCGGCAAAAUGUUUUCAGCCCCUGCUCAAGCUGUGCGCUUAAUGUUUUGAUGAAAAAAAAGGAACAGCGGUGAGGCCUGUCUCAUGCAGCAGGACGCUUAGGCUUCAGGUACCUUCAGGAUGAAGAAGACCCGGAGUACAACCUUACGCCGGGCCUGGCCUAGUGCUGAUUUCUCUGACCGGGCCUCAGACCGCAUGAGGUCCCGUAGUGAAAAGGACUAUCGCCUGCACAAACACUUUCCACCAGCUUUUAUUUCCCAGUCAUCACGGGGCUAUAUGACAUCAGGUGAUGUGUCACCCAUCAGCAUGUCUCCAAUCAGCCAGUCACAGUUUAUUCCUCUUGGGGAAAUCCUUUGCUUGGCCAUCUCUGCAAUGAAUUCUGCAAGAAAACCAGUCACGCAAGAAGCACUAAUGGAACACCUAACAACGUGCUUUCCAGGUGUUCCAACCCCAAGCCCUGAAAUCCUCCGACACACACUCAACAUGCUUGUGCGAGAGAGGAAAAUCUACCCUACACCUGAUGGAUACUUUAUAGUCACUCCACAAACUUAUUUCAUAACUCCAUCUCUUAUAAGAACUAACAGUAAAUGGUACCACUUGGAUGAGAGGAUACCUGACCGGUCUCAGUGUACCUCUCCACAACCAGGAACUAUUACACCAUCCCCUUCAGGAUGUGUCAGGGACAGAACUCUCUCCAAAAACCACUGCGACUCUUGUCAUUGCUGCAGAGAAGAUAUGCAUAGCAUUCAUGCAUCCACCCUACAAAGGAAAUCUGCUAAAGACUGCAAAGACUCUUAUUGCCCCCCUUCCAUGUGCCAGAUUCCCCCUACUGAGAAAAGCAAAAGUACCAUAAAUUAUUCUUAUAAAACAGAAACCCUCACAAAACCUAAAGAUGGGGAAAAGCCAUCUAAAAAAUUUGGCCUGAAAUUGUUUAGGCUAAGUUUUAAAAAGGAUAAGGCAAAACAGUUGGCCAAUUUCUCAGCUCAGUUUCCUCCUGAAGAAUGGCCCCUAAGAGAUGAGGACACUCCGACCACUAUCCCCAGGGAAGUUGAAAUGGAGAUUAUUAGACGGAUUAACCCAGACUUGACAGUGGAAAAUGUCGUAAGGCACACGGCACUAAUGAAAAAACUUGAAGAAGAAAAAUCUCAGAGGAGCAAAGCUGGGUCAUCAGCUCAUCAUAGUGGGAGAAGCAGAAGGAGUAGGACUCACAGAAAAACUCAUGGAAAAUCUCGGUCGCACAGCAAGAAUAGGGCUUCCAAAGGUGACCCUUCUGAGGGAUCCCACUUGGACUUACUUGGUGAAAGAGAGUAUGAAUUCUAUAAUCCUCGGAAUCGGUCACCAAGGGAGGGCUGUUUCAUAAUGGAGCGCAAAGGAGGAGAGAAUUUUGUUGUGCUCAGCAAUCCAAACAUGAUUGAGUCACAUUUUCCUGUUACACCAGAAUGGGAUGUGUCUGGUGAACUGGCCAAAAGGAGAACUGAGAUGCCUUUUCCUGAACCCUCUAGGGGGAGUUCCCAUUCCAAGGUCCAUCGUAGCCACAGCCAUACACAGGACAGAAGGUCAAGGAAUGAAAGAUCAAAUAAAGCCAAGGAAAGAUCACGGUCUAUGGACAACACAAAGGGGCCGCUAAGUGGUGCUUCUUUAGGUACACCAGAUGACCUGGGUGAAGGCUGUAGUCUUGAUGACAAGACUCCAAGCCAGUCUUUUAUUGAUGACAGCACCUUAAGACCAUCACAUUCUCUGAGUCAUCAAAGAACUCUUUCUUACAAAGACCCAUGCAUACCUGAAUUAGCUAGUGGUGGUGCAGAUACUCCUAAAUCAUGUAGUCUAAUAGAACAAGGUAAACUUCCAGAGACUUUAUCCUCAUACAGUGAACUCAAUUCUUGCUCCAAAAAAAAUGCAGAUGACUAUUUUCAGUGCAACACAUCUAGCGAAACAAUUCUCACUGCUCCAUCCCCACUAGGAAAAAAUAAAGAGGAUAUUGAUAUACCAAGUCUUUCAGAAGGCUUGAAAAGACUCUCUCCCUCUGAGAAGCCACAGCAACACAUAGCCAGAGAACAAGGAGAAUACAAAGAAGAGUCACCGAAAGGCACAAUUAGUGGUCUGUCGGUUGCUGCUUCUGGUCAAACCCCUGAGGUGAUUGCAAAUGGACGAUUGGUUCCCCAUCACAAUGCAGAAUCGAGCAGCUUAGACAAGAGGAAAGAAAUAUUCAGCAAGGAUACUCUAUUCAAACCUUUGCACAAUAGCCUAUCUGUGAACAGUUUUCAUAAAUCUAGUGUGAAUCUGCUGAAAUCGCACCAAAAGACUUCUCCAGAAACACUGCCAGCAAGCAUUGAGAACUUUGAGCAACCAAUUACCACCUCAGUUACCCAAAACCUUGCCGUCUCACCACGACCACAGGAGCCAACAGGAACCCAAGAAGCUUCUUUUGAUUACUAUAAUGUCUCAGAAGAUGAUGAGUCAGAGGAAGGGACACCGAAGACGGCAGAGGAGGAAAAGAACAGAGAGGACAUGGGUACGAUGCAAUGGCUGCUGCAGCGGGAGAAGGAAAGGGAUUUACAGAGGAAGUUUGAGAAAAACCUCACACUUUUGAAUCCAAAGGAAACUGAGAGCAGCAACAGCCAGAGAGCGACUCACUCAGCUCGACUUGAUAGCAUGGAUAGUAGCAGCAUUACAGUAGACAGUGGAUUUAACUCCCCACGCACCCGUGAAAGCCUGGCUUCCAAUACUUCAAGUAUUGUUGAAAGUAACAGACGUCAGAAUCCUGCUCUCAGUCCUGCUCAUGGUGGUGCUGGACCUGCGUUUAACUUCCGAACAUCUGCUGCAGAAACUACGACAACUGAUGCUGAUAAAUUGCAGAAACCUGCUAACUGUUUGCAAGCCUCUGUAACUAGUGUUUGAUAGCCGUUCAGCCUCAAAUCUUGUCCUGUCUCAUCCUCUACAGCAAAGUUUACUACACUGGGACCGAUGUUUACAUCUCUAUACAAGCAAGCCUCACACCCACAGUUUUUGUGUAUUUCUUAAACUGUGCUGCUAAUUAGCCCAGGGGGGCACCAAUGAGAACAAAAUUACUAAUUAUUUUUUUGUUUUGUUUAGUUUUAUCUUCUUUAUUAUUUUUUGUUUAAUUUGUUUUAUCAUAAUUGCUUUCCACAAAUGUACCGCUCUAUAGUACAUGGUUUAAGCAUAGAAAUAAUUUGUACAAUAUUCAUCAUGUAAGUGUAUCAGAGCACAUAUAUACAAAAGUCUAGACACUGUAAUCUGUGAUAUCAACACCAUGCAGUACAAAGCAAAGUUUCAUUUAAAGCAGCGGUGCUUGGUAAUGAAUACAAGACUUGUAACUGCCAAUCUGCAGAGUUUUUACAUUAAUGGUAAUCCACCAAUAAAUAUUUUAUUUUGUACUUUGCCCCCCCUCCCAUUCCCUCCCCCCCUUAACGUC